GUUUGUGUUGUCCCCGUAACAGCUCUGGUACUUUGUCCUGGACGAAUGAGCCAGCGACGAAACCCAUGCAAGAACCCUCCUCCUCUAAAUUUCCUGGGACAUCACGCUCGAAUUCACUCGCGAGCACCAUUAGCAGUAGUGGUGCUAGUCUAAGUCGCCGUUCGCGGACGACAAGGAAACGAACACGGACGAUAAUUACAGAGUCUAGGCCAGAUGAUACCCAUGCAGAAGAAGAUCAGGUGCUGGACAUCUCAGCUGCGAAUAGCGCAGAACCAUUUCCUAGUCCGGUCAAGACUGAUUCUUCCGAACGUGUACUGUCUCCGGUUACUACGCGAUUCGAAACAACCAUAAGUCCGGUCUCGAGUCCCGCGAACUGGCAACCGCAUUUAGAACGGAGUGGAGGAACGUUCGGUGGUGUAGGGGGUGAUUUGCGCGUGGUCAUGAAGCAUGACGGGCCUUCAGCCCCCGCCGACAGUCAACCGGGUUCCAAAUCGCUAGCAGGAUUCACUUCAACUAUUCCUAUAAAGGGAAAAGGUCGCGGAAAUAAAGCAAUGUUGACGUCUCCCCCGUCUGCCUUUCGUCCAAAUCCCACUGACAGCGACCAUGUGCGAAGUAGUGUUCGUGACUCCUUGCUAACGCAACAAUCAUCUACAUCUUCUUCACUUUAUCCUCUUACUACCUCAAUCGGGACCGAGUCACCUCCUUCUCCUCUCUCACCGACAACACAUGACCAUGGCGUUGUUAUUCCAAUUCUCGACAUCGACGAACCAAUGAGGGUGCAGGAAUUCAAUGCAGACGAUGUCUCAUAUCGUCUUCAGUUGCUUGUGAAGAACAACUAUUUCCUUCCUCCCGCACACUUAAAACCACGUCCGGCCGAUUUUGCACCAUAUGCAAACACAUCCAAAAAAGCAACCACCCCUGCAUUUCUGGAUUAUUUCCGAGUUGGAAAAUCCAAAUCUAAACCCGCUAGCCCAGACUCCUUCGAUGGAUCUCCGAUGUUAAGAGUGACAUCAGAUUCUACGACCGUGUCUGGUUACAUCCCACGUGGAGCACCUCAAACGUUCCGAUCCCCGAAGAAUGUCCAGCACCUUGCACGUGUGGUUGUUGUCCGUGAGCAAAUGGAUGAUCUUGUCGCUGCUGCAAAGCAAGCAGAGAUAGACUUGAAGGGUCGAGAGGUUCCUCCGGACCGCGAUAGGGGUAUGCGAAGACCCAAGGUUGAUGUGUUUGAUGGGAUCAUUGAUCCCACGGAAGCAGUCGACGUGCCUCCCCCGUCAGCCAACUACACUUUAGCCUUGCAAGCUUCGGCACUUCAUGGACUGGGAAUUGAAGACUCUGUGGGAGCAGCCGUGUUAGCCGAGCGCUUGCCUCCCGCAGGUAGUCCUGGACAUUCCAUUAGUCUUGAUCCACGAGGGGAUGCGUGGAGAAAGGCUUUGUUGCAUCAAGCUGUUGGACACUCGCUCAACAAUUCAACAGUAACGUCUGUUGUGUCAUUGUCCACGGCUCCGUCCACCCCGACGAGGUCACCGCACCAUCUACGUUCGUCAGAGUCACUAUACCAGCGCGCUCUCAUAAACCCGCGGAAAAUGCUAGACAAGAAAAUUCUUGAGAAUCCGAUAGUUGAUCACCUUGAAGAGCCUGAGCCACCAACACACACCGUAGGCGCACCUUCUGAUAGAGAUCUUGUUGCGCGUCUUCCAGCUCGGGAAAAUGUGCGGUUAUCCAGUUAUACUCCUCUCCGAGCAGAGACCCCAGUCCCUCAAACCCCUCUUGCGCCGCCUCCUCGCCGACAACUUGGAGACACUCAGUACUCUCAUUCACAAUCUCAUCUUCCAGCAGGUUCUACAGAGCUGCGCCGAACACUUCGCAAAUCCUGUUCUUCGCCCAUGCUCUCCGAUUUCUAUGAAUCAAGGAGAACAUCCAUGAUGAGUCCGCCACUGCUGCCAUCAUUAAGUAUAUCUCCUCCGCCCUCGCAUCGGAUGAGCAGGAUGACCGCACUGACUGGUUUCUCUCGGUUUACGGAUGAUUCGGCCGCCUUCGAUGACAUUCGGUCUCGUCCUUCCUUGGCAAUCUCAGUGCCAGCAACCGACGGUGGGCGUCGGCCAUCGUUUUCAGAGUACUCUCAACCGUCUCCAACUGCGUCCGCCUUUAGGGAUAGAUGGUCAAAUGGCUAUUAUUCCCAAAACUUCCAGUCACUUCCCAUUGACCCCUUGUCACACUCACGAGAUUCCUCAAUGUCGCCGCCUGCCUCAAUUCCUCGUCUUUCUACCAUGUCCCCACCACCUAGACCUUCUUCAUCGAUAGUAGGCAUUGCUCUGUCACCUCCGCCGCAUCGUUCGGGGAACAAUACCAACCAGCCUAGACCUUCACGACUCCAUGAAGCAUUGUCACUUAAUAAUUCGUCCUCUAGCCAAGGCACUUUCCACUCUUUUAAAUCAUUUUCUCCCAUGCCCAGCAACAGUGGUACCCAAAGUCAUUUGCCUCUGCCACUUGAUAUCAAUGUCUCUAUUGACAGCUUUGCAUCUGGCAUUCACUCUGCGCCACCUCCCUCAUCACCAGCCACCUUCUUUGACCACAUCCAGAACCAUCCGAAUGCUAUGGACGACUUGGACGAUUCUGAGGAUAGUAGAAGUGACAUGGACCAAGAUAUGACUGUGUACCGAGAUCCUGAAACCUCUCCCCAUCCAUCACUUAUGCAUUCAAGCAAUCGCUCUAGUCCCAACAUGGCCAGGAAUGAGCUGCAUUCUCAAGGAAGUCCAACCGAGCGGCACAAGCCUGUCAGCAACAUCCUGCCAAAAACUCCAUACUUUACAGAUGUCAAGGCGUCGCCAAACUCUCUCACCCAUCUCACGCUUGCGCAGCACUCACAAGAACAUCUCACAGUCGACGUCUCGGCACCGCAGCAGCCGGACACACCUGGAUCGGAGAAUGUGCGUCGCUGGCAGAAGGAGCAACAAGCACUGGCCGAGUCAUCGAAGAGAUUGGAUGGAAUGCUGAUACAACAUAUGGAGGCUGAGAAGGAUACGUUGAGGAGAAUUGCGCAGACUGCGAAAGUACCCAAACCUUGAAUUAUUCUAGGAAUUUUUUUGCUAUCCUAUUUACCUACACCCCUUGUUUUCUUGCUGCUUUUUCGUUGCUUGUAUUGUACAUGAGUACUUCCGAUACCUGUCGUCUAUUUUCCUACACAGAAGGAUCUGAUGGAAUGCAUAUGAGCACAACGGAUC